AUGUUCCGCGCUACUAGCUCCCGCAUGGCUGGCUUCGUGUUCCGUGAGAACCGUGUGCCUUACUACCAGCGUCUUUUCCAGAACCACGAUGGCAAGCGCCAAUGGUGGAAGACUUCUCGCUCCGGCUACAUUAUGUACCCCUACCUCAUCUCCGUCUACGGCCUCGGUGCUGCUACCACCUACGCCAUGUGCCGCAUGGUCUUCGGCCACAAGACCUGGAUCUAA